AUGAUGUCUAGGGGAAUAAAAUUACCAUUUAAAUUGGGCGAUUCAAAAAAAAUUAAUGAAUUUGAAAUCAAUGAAACAUCAAAAAAAGAAGAUUUUUCAUUGAGCGAAAUUGUACGUUAUGGUUUUCCUUAUCAACCAACAGCACUUGCUUAUGAUUCUGUACAAAAAAUUCUUGCGAUUGGAACAAAAAAUGGUAUUGUUAAAAUUUAUGGUGGUGCAUUUGUCGAAUGUACAUUAUCACAUCCAAGUGAAGUUGAAAUAGUCCAACUAGUAUUUCGUAUAAAUGAGGGUGCAUUGAUAAGUGCAUGUCGAGAUAAUUAUAUUCAUUUAUGGAGUUUACGUCAAAAGCAACCAGUUAUUGCCAAUUCACUUCGAUUCGUUAAAGAAAAAAUUAGUCGAUGUCUUCUUCCGCUUACUUUUAAUUCCAAAUGGCUUUUAGUUGGUACAUAUUUUGGAAAUGUUUAUGUUGUUAAUCUUGACACAUUUACACUUUCAUCAUAUAAAAUUAUGUGGAAUAAUGCUAUUGGCAUUACACAUUUAUCUUCACCAAAUAAUGUACCUGUUGGACAUGUUAUAUGUUGGAAUUUACAACAGAAAACAUCUGAAAAUGUUUAUACAUUACAACAAGGUUUAACAUCUAUUUCAUGGCAUUAUGAAGGUCGACAAUUUAUGUGUUCACAUUGUGAUGGUUCAUUAUCUGUUUGGAAUUUACGAACUAUUGAUAAACCUGUUAGCAUUAAUUAUCCACAUACUCGUAUUUCAAAAGAUGAAACACAUAAAUUUGAUGUAAUCUCAAAAGUUGUUUGGAGUUCUGUUAAAAAUUUAAAUGAUACAUUUAUUAUUUUUUCUGGUGGAAUGCCAACUUCAACUGAUCCACAACAAAUUUUAUCGACUAAUCCUACUGUUAAUACAUCACCACCGCCUAAAUCAUCAUCUCAUUUUUUGACUAUUCUUCGUGGUCAAACAACUAAUGUACUUCAUAUGGACAAUCCUAUUGUUGAUUUUCAUGUUGUAACUGCAUCUCCACAUAUUGCUGAUACACCUGAUCCGUCAGCAAUUAUUGUUUUACUUGAAAAUGAUCUUGUUAUGAUUGAUCUUAAAAGUGAAAAUUAUCCUCUUUUUGAAAGUCUUCAUACAUUAGAUCUUCACGAAUCACCAGUAACUUAUUGUAAUUAUAUAAUAGAACCAAAUACAAUUUUUUAUCAAAAUCUACUUCGAUUACAAACAAAACAAACACCAAAACGUUCUUAUAGUCAACAGGAAAAUCCAGUAUCAGGUGGUAAAUCCGGUUCGACUAUAUUUGGAUACAAUGAACUUAUUAUUACUGGUCACGCUGAUGGUUCAAUUAAAUUUUGGGAUGCAUCCGGUUGUAAUCUUUUAUUUUUAUAUAAAUUACGUACAAAUCGUUUAUUUGAUCGUACACAAAUAACAAAUCCAAUAUCAUCGACAAAUACAUUAUCUUCAACAUCAAAUAGAAAAGAUCCAAAUACAAAUAUUAAAUUUGAUACAAAAACAUCACGUGCAAAUAGUAAUGUAGGUGAUGAAUCAAUUCAACAACAAUUUAAUUCAAUAAAUUUAUCAAAUGAAUUAAAUGGUUAUGAAUAUCCAUUCGCAAUAUAUUCAAUAAAAAUGUGCUGUGAUGGUAAAUAUUUAAUAGCUGCUGCACGUGGUGGUCAUAUUACAUUAUUUAAAUUUACUGGCUCAGAAUUAGAUAAAGCUGAUGAAGGAUUAGGUGAUUUAUCAUGGUUAGAAAUUCCAAUUUUACAUCAAAAUUCAUCAAAUGAUUAUCAUGAUAUAAAUACAAGUGGAAAUCUAUCAACAAUAAAUGAUUUACAAUCAUCAUUAUCGAGACAAAAUACAGAGAAAAAAGACUUUAAAAGUUUACUUCGAGCAAAAAUGGGUUAUCGUCGAAUGGCUGGUUAUCAACCUGAACUUGUUUGUCUUUUAUCAUGGUUACCUAGUGAUAAAAUACCUGUUUUAACUGAUAUAUCAAUUAAUUCAAAAUAUGGAUUGUUAAUACUUGGAUUGGAGAACGGUCUUGUUGUUAUUGAUUAUUUAAGUAAAUCUAUUUUAAUGAAUAUGGCAACUAGUGAUCUUUAUGGUACAAUGGAUCCAUUUCAACGAACAACAUCUCCGAGACGUCGUGGUACUUCAAAUGAUUCCAAUCAUGAUGAUACACCGUCUACAGAUUAUCAACACCAACCAUUAAGGCUUCCACACACAGCUGAACCAGGAUUAACAAAAAAUCCUUUUGCAUCUAAUAAUACUGGACAGAUGUCAAAUAAACUUCGUGCAAAACCAUCCAAUCCAAUUCCAUCUCAAAAUAUGCCAAAUGAACAUGUACCAAUAUCAGUUUUUCGUUCACGAUCAAUUGAAUCAAUGUCUGGUAAUGAACAAACAACAGAAGAAGAAGGAGCUAAUGUUUAUACUCCUCAUGGAGAAAAAUCACCAAGUAUAGCAACAUUAACAAAAACAAUUCGUACACUUCGUAAACGUUUAUCACGUCCAUCAACUUCACAUAAACAAGAAUCUGCUAAUAAUCGUAGAAGUUCUACACAACAAAAUGAAAAAGAUAAUACUUUAAAAAGUGGUGGUGAUGAAAGUGGAGGAAGUAGUGCCGGUGAAGAAUUUCAUCAUUUAUCAUUUUCAGAAAUACCAACAUCAAAUCCAGAUUUAACAGAUACUCCUCCUACACUAGCAACAUCAUUGAAAGUACAUCGAUCAUUACCAGCAGAAAGACUACUACCAACAAUUACAACAUCAUCAUCAUUAAAUACAAAUGAUUUUAAUGAGAAAAAUGAUAAUAAUAAUAAUAAUAAUAGAAAUAAUAAUGAUAAUACAAAUCUAUCAAAAACUUGGACAACAUCAACAUUUACACGUGCUCAAUUACGUGGUACAUGUUCACUUGAAUAUAAAGAACAUAUGCGUGAUAAAUCUCAUAAACGAAAAGCACAUAUGAUUGAUUUGCGUAAAGAUGAUGAUAAUCAUCAUCAACAAUCAACAACAAUAACAUCAUCAAAUAAAUCAACGACUAUUGAUCUUCCACGUUCAACAAGUAGUUCAAGUAUGGAUAAUAUUAUUUCAAAUGAAAGUGUAUGCGCUAUACAAUUUUCCGAAUCAUUUACUUAUAAAAAUGAUUUUACACUUUUACCAAGUGUUUGGCUUGGUACAAGUACAGGUUGUGUACUUGUUAUUAAUUUAAAUAUAACUUAUGAGCCUCGAAAUAUAAGCGUUGUACCUAGUGGAAGUGUAUUUCGUUUAUUUGGCCGUUUAUUACAUCUUUCAUUUCUUGAUAAUAAAGGAGUUCCAAUACCACCUCCAAGUGAAAAAUGGGAUACGAAAAAAACAAAACCAAAUCGAUCAACAGAUGGUACACAAGAUUUAAAUACAUCAUCAAUAUUACCAACUAGUAAUUUAACGUCUUCCCAAAUUACAGGUACUCCAUCAAAUAAUAUACAAUAUGCUGUUUUUUGUUCAUCAAAACAAGCUCGAGUUGUUGCAUUACCAUCACAAAUUUGUAUAUCAAAACAAAAAAUUUAUGAUUCACUUGGUGCAUCAGCAUCAAAUGUAUUUCAAGCAGCUGUUAUUAAAAUAGCAGGUUCUUAUUGUUUAACAUGUUAUUUAUCUGGUGGUCGUAUACAUGUGUACAGUUUACCUAGUUUACGUGAAUUAUUUAUUACAAAUCUUGAUACAAUUACUGAUUCAUUCCGAUCAUUAGUUGCAUUGACAUGUACAUUUACUGAUCGAGGUCAUGGACUUUUUAUGUGUUCACCAACAGAAAUUCAAAAACUCAGCAUCGCUUCAGAUGUUAAAGAACAAGUCAAUGAAAUGCUUUGUGAAUUGUACGAUCCAUCAGUAGUAAUGCCUGAAGCACCAAAACAGAAUUUUUUUGCUAAAAUUUUUGCUUCAAAUACACUUAUCGAUUCAGAUCAAUUAUUUGGUGAAGCUGCUGGUAAAGCACCAUUUGGUAUUGCUAAAAAAGAAGAUGUUAAUGCUAAUAUGAAUCGAAUGCGUGGUACAGUUGAUUCAGCUACUAAUAUUGUUGCUGAUACACGAAAUAAAUUAAUUGAACGUGGUCAAAAAUUAAGUGAAGUUGAAACGGCAUCAAAACAAAUGAAUGAACAUGCUGAACAAUUUGCUGCUUUAUCACAUAAAGUUAUGUUAAAACAAAAAGAAAAAGCUGAAUGGUGGCCAUUUGCAUCGAAGAAAUCGUGA